CUACAGGAAGUUGAAUGGAGACACCAAACGUUCUGUUGAUGCCACGUUCAAGUCGUUUUCUACACUUUAAAUUGAUUUAAAACAAAUCAAAGGUCGGGAUAUGGUUGGCUUUUAUUUUCAUUUAUGGGACUGUGGUUUAAAUUGGCAGACGUUUAUUUGAACCAAACAUUUGUGCAAGGUUUGACAUCAUGGCGCGGGUCCCUAUGGGUAAAGUUCUGCUCCGAAAUGUCAUCAGACAUACAGAUGCCCACAACAAGAUUCAAGAGGAGUCAGAGAUGUGGAAAUUGAGGGAUCUUGAACGACAAACCUCAUCGACUCAUUUAUCAAAGCAAAGUGCCCAAAUGCACUGUGACCGCUAUUUGGAUAAUUCAAAGGGGUCCAUGCAGGGCAGGAUUGGGGACAGGUUGUCUGAGAGAGACGAGAAGGAGGCCAAAUACUGGACAAGAAAACUGUACGAGUUUGAAGCGAAUGAUCCUGACAGGUGGGGUCACAGUGGUUUUAAGGAGCUUUAUCCAGAAGAGUUUCAGUCUGAUGGUGAAAAAGACUGCAGUGAUGGUAAACGCAAACGAAAAAAACACAAGAUGUCAGAAGCUGACAUAGAGAAAAACUCCAAGAAGUCAUCCAAGAAGAAGAAAAGGAAAAAAGAGAAGAAGAGGAGGAGGACUGCGGGGUCGGCCUCCGAGUCCUGCAGCGAUGCAGAGGACAGCGGGAGAAGGAAGCAGAGGAGGAAAGCAGGAAAAAACAAACGUAAGAAAAAGGAGCACAAAAGCAAAGGAACAACAGAAGAGGACAGCAGCUCAGAGGACAGCCGUUCAAAAACGAGAACAAAAACACACAGGAAAAGAGACAGUCUUGAAUCGGACACUUUUACUGAGCCUCAAAGGAAAAAACGAAAGAACUGGAGAGCAGGAAAAGAUGAGAGAUCAGAGGAGAGCUCAGAUGGAUGAGCUGUUACACUGACACGAGAUACUGUAGACAGAUUUUCUAUUGCUUUAUUGACAUCAGUUCAAUUACUUUACCCAGCAAAAACUGAAGAACUGUUUGUUUGAUUUUUAAGAGGUUAUAUGCGUUUUUUAAAUCUUUUAAAUAUCUUUGGAAAUAUUUUGUAAGAUUGAACAUUUCUUAUUUUUAUAUGACUUUAAGGCUCAGGUAUAUCAAAAACAUCAGUCAUAUUUCAUUAUACUUUCAUACUUGAACUUUCUAGAUAAGUAUUUGUUGUAUAUUUGCCAAAUAGCUUGUAAGUGUUGAGAAAUAGUGCAUCCGUUGCUGUGAUCAUUUCGUACCCAAUUGACUUGAUUUUAACCUUGAAAAAAGAAACAUUUUGCAGAAUUUACAAGCUGUUCUUUUCCAGUGAACGUUGUUGGAGAUGGACUGUCUAAAAAUAACAAAAAAGGCUUUGGUUUUUCAUUGACAGGUCACUAUUUAAUUCACUUAAAUUGUGUGGAGAAAAGCAGCUUGAACAUUCAGCUUUG